GGAGGACGGCGCAGCGCUCAGGUGCCGACUCGGCGUCCGGCGUCAUCAUCAUCAUCAUCAAACUUAACGGCCCAGUCUCCCCCGCAGCCCUCUCAAGACACGUUCAAGUCCGUCUCCACUCCCGCUACAGUAACUGAACUUCACGCUCUCUUCCCUCUGCCGCUCUCAUCUGUCGCUAUCCCCUCUCGCUGCGCAGCCUGGUCAAGGCGCGAGCAGCAAGCAACAUGCGACCGCCAGCUUGGGCCACGCCAUUCCUGGCCGUCAUCGCCAUUUCCACCGCGCAAAAGACCUUUAGCAACUACACCGCUCGCGACAUCGUACAAGAUCCCUUCUCCAUCUACGGCGACCGACCCGAUGGCUGUCCUCCCUGCUUCAACUGCAAUCUCGAAGACUUCCAGUGCCACCAGUUUGCGCCCUGCGGCAAGAGCAACGGCAAAUGUGUCUGUCCACCAGGCUUCGGCGGCGAGGACUGCUCCGAACCAGUAUGCGGUUCGCUGGCUGAAGGUGGCAAUCGCAUGCCCAGGCAAGACAAAUACUGUAACUGCCAUGACGGGUGGGAAGGCAUCAACUGCAACGUGUGCAAGACCAACGACGCUUGCAAUGCGCUGAUGCCCGAAGGCGUCGACGGUAUCUGCUAUCGCGAGGGCCUUGUAGUCAAGGAGAACUAUCAGCAAUGCGACAUCACCAACAGGAAGAUUCUGGACACGCUGAAGGAGCAGAAGCCUCAGGCAACCUUCUCCUGCAAUGCUGAAACCGAGGAGUGCAACUUCCAGUUCUGGGUUGACCAAAAGGAAUCCUUCUACUGCGCCCUCGACGAUUGCGCAUUCAGCGCCACCGCUGAGCCAAACCGCAACACGACCAAAUACAAAUGCGAGAACAUCAAAUGCCGUUGUAUCCCAGGACGUAUGCUAUGCGGUGAAGAGGGUUCCAUUGAUAUUGGAGACUUCCUGUCAGAAGAAAUCAAAGGCCCGGCUUCCUUCAUCUCUGUCUCUACCGAAGGCGGAAGCAGUCAGGAUGGCAGCAAGUUUUCUGAGCCUGCGAUGAACGACCUCAUUUCUAGUGUCUUCGGCGACGAAAGCAUCUUCUUGCGCUGCCAUUCUGGAGAAUGUUUGUACAAGACCGAUGUGCCAGGCUACGAAAGACCAGUGAAGAGGAUCAACACUCCGCUAAUUGCGGGCGUAAUCGCUGGCUGCGCGUUGUUCGUUGUGGCCGUCAUACUUAUCGUCUGGUACCUCGCCAGGCGGAGUACCGUGAGUGGUUGGGGUCCCAUCCAUCUCUCGGAUCAUGACGAAGACGAGAGCGCCAAACUCAUUGCCGACCAUAAACCAACCUCCCUUUACUUCCAAAACGUCUCGUAUCAGCUCAACGGCAGGCAAAUUCUUAGCGGUAUCCAGGGUGCAGUUCACCCGGGAGAACUUCUGGCGAUCAUGGGUGCUUCAGGCGCUGGAAAGACUACGUUUUUGGAUAUCCUUGCGCGAAAGAACAAGCGUGGCUUUGUACAAGGCGACUUCUUCGUCAAUGGGGAAAAAGUCUUGGAUGACGAGUUUAGGAGCGUCAUUGGCUUUGUGGACCAGGAUGACACCAUGCUGCCUACUUUGACGGUUCACGAGACGAUUCUGGAUUCCGCCCUGCUCCGUCUGCCGAAAGAAAUGAGCGUUGCUGCUAAGGAACAGCGUGUUGAGGACGUUGAACGCCAGCUUGGCAUAUACAACAUUCGCCAUCAGAUGAUCGGUUCCGAGGAGGGCAGUGGUCGCGGCAUUUCGGGCGGUGAGAAGCGAAGAGUCGGAAUUGCCUGUGAAUUGGUCACCAGCCCGAGUAUCUUGUUCCUGGAUGAGCCCACGAGCGGCCUGGAUGCUUUCAACGCUUUUAACGUUGUGGAAUGCCUUGUCAGCUUGGUCAAGGACUACAACAGAACUGUCGUUUUCACCAUCCACCAGCCGAGAUCCAACAUUGUCGCCCUCUUUGACAAUUUGAUUCUGCUUGCCCAGGGCAGGACUGUAUACUCCGGACCUUUCUCUGAUUGCCAGUCAUAUUUUGACACUAUCGGAUACCCCUGCCCUCCGGGAUUCAACAUUGCUGAUUACCUGGUGGAUCUUACGAUGCACGCGGGCACUCCCAAGUCACCUAUCGAUGAGAACAGUUCGCUCUUUGCUACUCGUGAUGAAAUCCCUACCAGAGCUAGCAGCGCUGUUGGCAUCAAGUCGAUACCAAGCAUCUCUAACGCAAGCAUUGGUCCAGACAGCGUUAUUGUAGGAAGCCCCAGUCAAUCCAGUCAGCGACCUAAGAGCAACAGACGGACUUCUAUCAAACAGCAACAAGAGCGCCAGCUUUUCACCCGCAAAAGGAGUGGUGUUGAUUCCAACCGGCCCCAAACUCCAAAGACCGAUGACGAACAAUCUCUCCCUGAAAACGAAAGCUCUGCUAUUCGGCUCCACCGCCAGCAGGGAUUCCCGCCUCCCCAGAUCCUUGAAGACCCGGAUCAGCUCCCCCCAUCUGCUGGAGGUGGCACUGGUACCGACUUGGACGUUCUCAUUUCAAGCUAUGCUUCGUCGGAUAUUGCGGAGACAUUGCAUGAUGACAUUGCAACGGCUAUCGCUUCCGCCAAUAGCGCCAAUGGACAAGCCAAUGGAAUGGCAAACGGUUCCGCCAUAGCCGGCAGAGUCAAAGGAUACCGCAAGAUUGGGUGGAUUGGCCAAUUCCUCAUCCUGUCUAAGCGUACCUGGCGUAAUCUAUACCGCAACCCGAUGCUCAUGCUGACUCACUAUGCCAUUGCCAUUCUCCUGGCAGUCCUUAUCGGCUUCCUGUUCUAUGGUCUCACGGACGACAUCAAGGGUUUCCAGAACAGGCUUGGUCUGUUCUUCUUCCUGCUCGCCCUUUUCGGCUUCAGCACGCUCACUUCACUCACCGUCUUCGCACCUGAGCGCUUGAUCUUCGUGCGUGAACGCGCCAAGGGAUACUACUCACCCAUUUCGUACUUCGCUGCCAAGGUCAUUUUCGACAUUGUUCCUCUGCGUCUCGUGCCACCCGUCAUCAUGGGUGCCAUUGUCUAUCCGAUGACCGGCCUCAUCCCCGCGGGGCCAGAGUUCUGGAAGUUCAUGCUAUUCCUCGUCCUCUUCAACCUGGCUGCCGCCAACAUCUGCCUGUUUAUUGGCAUCGUUGUCAGGAACCAGGGCGUCGCUAACCUCUUCGCGACACUCGUGAUGCUGUUCUCGCUGCUGUUCGGAGGUUUCCUGCUCAACCACGAGACGAUCCCCAAAGCGGCGCUUUGGCUGCAGACACUCUCCAUCUUCCACUACGGCUUCGAAGGCCUCAUCGUCAACGAAGUCAAGUACCUCUCCCUUGUGGACCACAAGUAUGGUCUCGACAUUGAGGUGCCUGGCUCCGCGAUCCUGAGCUCGUUUGGUUUCAAUGUCAUGGCACUAUGGCGCGAUGCCGUUGGGCUUGGAGUCUUCUGCGGCGUGUUCGUCGUCUUGGCGUAUGCGAGCAUGCACAUCUUGCUCGUGGAGAGGAGGUAAGGUAGGAAGUGAGAUUUAGUGAAGAGGCGAGAUGGGCAAGAGUAAGUAGAGUAAGGAAGACAAGUAUUGUAUAGUGCGAACGGGCGAUUUCUGUAGUCUCUAUGUAGGGGUCUGCUAGGGGCUGAAUGAGGGGAUUGGAUUGGAUGGGAUGGGAGGGUACAUAUAUCGCGGUGCCUACGGGCCCGGUGGUUGGUGAUCGGGCACACGUAGUGUAUAUCCAGGCGUUUAGUGCGAGGUGCAAUGGAU